AUGAAUCAAAUAAAUAAAUUUAUAAAAAAUUUAUAUUUAAUAAUAAUUACGAUAAUUUUAAUAAUAGUAAUAAGUAACGAUAAUAAUGGUUUAUUUAUAAAUGGACAAAGUUUACCAGAUGGAUUUUGUCCACAACCUUUAAUAUAUAGGAAUUCAACAAAUAGGAAAGCAGAUAUAGAUAAUGGAUAUAAUUUUGUUGGAGAGACCAAUUGUUUACUUCCAUGUCCAUCACCAUUAUUUCCAAAAUCACAAUGGGAAUCUUAUUUUGAGAUGUCAUUAAUUAUGGGUUCGAUAUCAAUGUUUGCAUCAUUAUUUUUAAUUAUAACUUAUAGUCCAUUAAUAAAUAAAAAGCAUACCCGUCAUACUGUUGGUAUUUUAUGUAUGUCAAUUGGAAUAUUUUUCGUAAUGGUAAGUGAUGGUCGUCAACUUUGGGAUAUAGAAUCACCUGGUGAAUACAAAAAAUAUUGCCCAGAUACUGGAAGAUAUGCAAGGCAAUCAGAUACAAAAUGUCUAACGACUGGUCUAUUCUUCCAAUUUGGUUGUGUCACCGCCAUUGGAUGGUGGUCAAUUUUAGCAGUUGAUUUAUGGAUGACAAUUGCUAAAAAAGUUCAAACAACAAAAAAACAACUUUUAUAUUAUUUAAUUGGAAUUAAUACAGUAUCAUUGAUUUUAACAUUUGGACCAGUGGUAAAGAAUCAAUAUGGGUUUGGUAACGCCGCAAUUGGGUGUUGGAUGUUGGAUUUAAAGUAUCAAUAUGGUUUCUUUUGGAUACCAGUUGGAAUUUGUUUAUCGGUUGGUAGUGUUUUCAUUGGAUUAAUAUUUUGGGAAAUUUAUAAAAUUAGUGAUGCUGUAAAGAAACGUUACUUAAAGAAACAUAUUAAACCAUUAUGUUUAAUUGUUUUAAUGUGUUUAGAAUUCUUAUAUAUGUUUAUUUACUACUCCUAUAUAACAGCAAAUCAACCUACCUACAAUAAACAUGUUGCCGAAUAUAUCAUGUGUUUAAUAAUCAAUGCUGCCAAUGUACCAGGUUCAUACACUUGUCAAUUGAAAACCGUUUCACCCACUGCUCAAUUCCUUUUCUUAAUUGCAAUUCGUUUAAUGGGUUUACAAGGUUUAAUAUUUUAUGGUCUAACUGCUGCAACUAAAAAAGUUUGGGCAAAUUCUUGGAUUUAUAAAGAUUUAUUAAAAUUAUUUAAAUUAUUCACAACCAAACUUUAUAAUGAUAGUAGUAGUGAAGAGGUUGAAAAUAGUAAUUAUAGUAAUAAUAAUAGUAAUUACUAUAGUAGUAAUGGUUAUACCACCGGUGGUAGUGAUAAUGGUGUGGGUAGUGGUAGAAGUGAUAAAUUUACAAAAUCCUCUUCAAAUGGAGGUGCUCAAGAUAAUAAUAAUAAUAAUAAUAAUAAUAAUAAUAAUAAUAAUAAUAAUAAUAAUAAUAAUAAUAAUAAUAAUAAUAAUUCUUCAUCACUUGAAAUUUCUGGUGUUGAAUCAAAUAAUAGUACACCAAGAGUAAACUCUCCUGAUAAUUUACAACCUUAA